GCAACAAGACACAGUUACUACAAAAGAAGUUUCCUGUAUCAGGGAGAAAUUUAAAACUUUUGACAUGCCAACAGGCCCAACACUUAAAAAAAUGUCUUAAUAGGCGUACAUAUGUAUCUCCUUUGUGGAUUCAAUAGAAAGAUAAGGAAUUAGUUUAUGUUGUACAUAUGUAUUGCUGUCUUAUAAUAUGUUUGCUAAAUAAGAAUUAAUAUUAGUGAGCAGAAUACAGGAUUCACUAGCUGCUCUCACCUCCAUUACCCUCUCUCUUUGUGCCUAGCGAUUCUUAAAUAUGGAGUAGAGUUCGAGUCUACCAAGUACAAGGGGUAAUAAUACUUAAGAGGUGCUUUGACUGAUGAUAUCCUUGUAGGAUCAACUUCCUACUUGCUGGAAAAAAAAAAAAAAAAAUCUCCCAAUUGGUGUAGGCUUUCUAUGCUUAUUGUUUAGUUGCAUAUUGCAAUACAUGCAUAGACUGCUAUAACUAGGACGCAGUGGUGCAGCGACAAAGACAUAUAGAUACCAAACGAACAGAGAGCAAUAGAGAAUAAUCUGAGAGUUUGAGAGAAAAUUCUUCAAUGCCUCUGAAGAAGGAAAAUGCUCCCCAAGCCUCAUUGAAGCCCACCAAGAAGAAGAACAAGAAGAACAAGAAGAAGUGGAGCAAAGGAAAGCAACUAGAGAAGGCCAACAGCAUGGUGCUCUUUGACCAGGCCACCUACGACAAGCUCCUGUUUGAGGUUCCCAAGUUCAAGCUCAACAUACCAUUCAUUCUAUCCGAUAGUCUCAGGAUCACUGGGUCUCUGGCAAGGAGAGCAACCAAGGAGUUGAUGGCUCGUGGCUCAAUCAGGAUGGUGUCUGCUCAUGUGAACCGGCAGAUCUACACCAGGGCAACCAACUCCUAAAUCUCCCCUUUGACUUUAUGAACAUGGUUUUUAUUUACUGUUAUGUCGUUUUAGGAUUUAAAUUAGCUUGGCCUAACUUUCUAAAAGGGAUUUCUAGGCUAUAUCUGUUUCUAAUGGAGUUAGUUUCUACUUGUACAUGCAUUACUUUUUUUGGCAUUCUAAAUUU